UAAAGACAUUUUUCAUUAGAAGCCUUUAUUUUGUCUCAGUAUGACUAGGUUAACACUACUUCUAUUCGGGCUAUUGGGAGCCGCUACAGCACAGACCUGUAACACUGGUGGGAUUUAUAAUGAGCAGUUUAAUAGAUGCUACCAAUACUUCACCGCCCCAGCUCAAUUCUCAUUUGCCGAACAACAAUGUAAUCUCCUUGGCGGCCACCUUGCUUCCGUCCAAAAUGGACAAGAAAACGCUCUUCUCCAGUCAAACGCAGCAAAUUCAUUCAAGAGAUCCAACUAUUCCGAUUACUGGAUCGGAGCCACUGAUCUCGAGACAUCCGGCACCUGGAAAUGGACAGAUCCAUCAGUGACAUUUGACUACUCAAACUGGCAGCUCGGCGAGCCCCAAUCUGGAAGUGACUGUGCAAUUCAGGAUAAGGGAGAUGGAACCUGGUCGGCUAUUGGAUGUACUUCCUACAGGCCAUAUGUAUGUGUCACACCUGUUAUUAUGACUGCCACGUGUCCACCAAUCACUACACCGAUUCCAACCACAUGUCCCACACCGGCUCCAUGUCCCAUCAAGCAGUGUGUCCCGUCUUGUGAUCAAGGCUGGACCUACUUCUCUCCAACCGACUUCUGUUAUCGUGUGUACCAUGGUGAAAAGUUCAAUGACGCUGAGGCAUCGUGUGUGCUGCUGGGAGGACAUUUAGCAUCAAUCCACUCGCUGACAGAGAACACUUUUGUUAAUAACAUCGCUUCCUGCGGGAUCAAAGAAGGCAAAUAUGAACACCUAGCGUGGAUCGGUAUGCGCAAGGUCGGCCAGGACUGGGUAUGGACUGACGGUACCCCAUCGGACUACUUCAACUGGGCCCCAAAGCAGCCUGACAAUCCGAAAAAAGAGUUGUGCGUGCAAACUGCUCCUGAUCUUUCUCACGAUAAGUGGUAUGAGAACUGGAACAAUUUGGAGUGUAAUGAAGUGAUGCGGGCUUAUAUUUGCAAGAAGGCUUCGAUUCAUAAUUAGAUAAUUGUUAAUGAUAGUGCACAACUUCAAAUAAAACUUUGAAGAUAAUAC